AUGGCUAAUGCACUAAGGCCGGGUCGCAUUCUGACUUUCGUAUUUUGCAGCAAGCUACGCCACAUCCGAUGCGACGAAACAUUCCCUCAAUGUCGGAACUGUACAAGGCGGAAAGUGAGAUGCACAUACCUCGAUGAGUAUGAAAACCGUGAAGAGUCGGUCGUUGCUGAGGACUUUACCGCCAGUAUCUCUGCAGAGGGCAAAUGGUCAGCCCAGAUUCUUGACGAAGUACGGCAAUGGCGGGAAUCAAAGAUGAUUCCACCACUUGCGUAUUUUGCGCCAAAAGUUCAUCUGCCGAUAGGAGUUUACUCGGAAGACGAACUUUGUUACCUAAACCAUAUCAUGAAGCUGUAUCAUAAGCUCGAUGCAUCAGGUCUAUGUCAUCUUACCCUUUUAUCCAAUUUCAUGCCAAGCUUCUUCCACAUUGCUUCAAAGUCUCGACUUGUCAUGGAUGGACUACUUUUGUUAUCAGCGUCGCACAUCGAGUUCUCCACCGGCCGCGCCUUCCCUCGAAUCAAAGCAUAUAACUAUAAAAUCCAGGCUAUCAGGGAGCUAAGGGAGGGCAUCCAGCUGUUGAAUAUGAAUCAAGCGGAUGAGGUGAUUACUGGGUCUAUUGCCUUGUUGUGCUUAUCUGAGGAUAUGUCAGUAUUCCCAAUCACUUACAAACUGGUGAAAUGUCUGACUAGAUCAAGGGACGAUUGGAAAUGCAUGUCACAAGUGAUCACGACGGUUUUGUCAGUCUACAAGUUCUUAGGACACUCCUCCUACUUAGUGGAGCUGCUUACCGAUUCGAAAGCCGGCUUACUGAGAGCAAAGGUUGACACGUCUGAUGUGCUCAAGUCACUCUCCCUUGGAAUCAUGCGUUGUAUCAUCACUGAGAUGGAGAGGUUUGGACAUCUCUUGAUAGAAAAUGGAGCCAUGGUGUCCGACAGGGAGAGACUGGCGGCGAUAACCAGCCUUGCUCAGGUCAUCAGCGACCCUGCCGCUCCCGUGCAAACAGGCGAGGGGUUUGACUGCAUUAGGCGUAUUAAAGACUAUGUUCUUUGGAUUCCCAUCACUGGAAUACUGAACAGCCCCAACAUCUGCACGGCAUUGAUGGUCAAUGCCUACUUAUACUCGGUGGUUCUCCAAUGUUGCCGAUUAUUCCCGCUGGAGCCACUCAUGAGGAAUGACGGGAAUGUGCAAGAUUUGUUGAAGGCAACACUGGACUACUUGACUUUGCAUCUAGAGUAUAUUCAGUUAGUUAAGAAUUUGAGGGCUAUUUUGGCUUAUUGA